UGCCAAUUCAAUGUCUGACUUUGUUAGCAAGUAGCCGCCGUCGACACACACGGGGACGCCCCCACUUCGUAUCAAGGAUGGACGGAUUGUUCCCGUCGGGACGGCCAACAACCCGCGCUUGAAAAUUUUGUGGCUUGCGUCAAUUGGCCAACUGUACUUCGCGCCAUCGUCGCUGCGAGCCUCGCCAUUGAGCAACUUCCCCGACGCCUCUCACAUGACUAUCGGCGACUUGGACGUGUCUGCCCUCGUUCGGCGCUUCGACAACAUGGGGGCGCAUGUGCGACGGGUACACCAACGCCAACUUGCUGCCGACGCUACCCGCCUUCGCCGUCAACGCCUCGAAGACGACAUCCGAGCCCUGCCCUCCGAACAGCGCGCGCUACUUAGAGCGAUCAUGAGACGAGACCCGAUCGUAGCCCGCAUGACCGGCCAAGCUCCACAGUCCGUUCCUUGUGGACAACGUCGCCGCCUGCCCGCUAUUGACAUCUGCAAGAUGAAAACGUACCUGGACAUGGUCGAGAGGGUGCGAAACACGCCACCACUACGCCUCAAGACCAAGCCACGAUCGGUCACGUUGAGAGAGGAGCGUGCGAGGUCGCAGCGCCGGCGGUGGCUGUGGGAAGUCGAGUCGUGCCGCGGCCGCAAGCCCGUCGUCGUCGGUCCUCUACCCUUGUAA